ACACUCACAAACACACUUUUCUGGGAGACAAAUCUGCGUUUUCAGUGUCAAUGGGGGAUUCUAUUGAUAAUGGCGGCAGUAGAUUUCUGAACCCUUGGUUUCUUCAUUUUCAGAAACUGGGUCUCGAGCUCAAAUGCCCUCUCUGCUUAAACUUGCUUGCCAAACCAAUGUUACUCUCCUGCAAUCACAUUUUCUGCAAUUCCUGCAUACCCAGCUCAACACAGCUUAAAUCAGAGUGCCCUGUCUGUAAAGCUCACUAUUUUAACAAAGACUUAAGGCCUGUGCCUUUCAUGGAUAAUCUAGUAACGAUAUAUAGGGGUUUGGAGGCUACUUUCUGUGCCAAUCUGUUUCAGCGUGUGCCUGCAGAUUCCAGGAAGGUUUUGGAGCAAUUCCAGGCUUCCCUUUAUGCUGGUAAUUGUAGUAAGGAACCAUCUGACAUUGUCCAGCGGGAUGAAUCAUGCAGUGGACGGUUAAUCUUUCCAUUAUUGGCUACCAAGCAAGAUCAAAUUCCAUUGAAUUUGAAUAAUUCUGUUGAAAAUGGGUUUGGUAUGAAUGACAAAUUUGAGAAGUACAGUACUCCCAUAGAAGGUAAAGGUGGUAGGGAAGGAGUCAAAUUUAACGAUGCAUUGAAUACGAAUCCACUACCAUUGAGUUCACAAAUGGAGCCUGAGAGCCUUGGAGAGCAAAAGGUUUUGGAAAUAGAAAUGAAUCAGGUGUCUCAGUCAUUACCAGAUACCCCUCCUUCGUUUGGUGAUACUAAGGGCUCAGAUGAUGAAAGCUUUUAUCGGGGCAGUGUGAAUAGUCCAGAAAACUCUUUGAUCAAUAGAGCAUCCAACAAACAUUCUGACGGCAGGACUAGGCAGUUGAGGCAUGACAGUUCUGCGUCUGAAACCGAAGAUGGUUAUUUGAGGGAUAUCAAGAGACAAAAGAAAUUAACCUAUGAACCAUCAGGGUUGAGGAUUGAAAGACAUGAUUGUAUUCCACCAGUCUCACAUUCUGAGAUCCUUAUGAUACCUAAUUCUGAAUUGGAACUUGAAUCUAGGGUGCCUCCUGUUGCUGCACAGCAGCCUUUAGUUUUGGAUGCCUCAUAUAUAAGUAAUAGCAUUUGUGCAUUUUGCCAGUCCCCUGCAAUCUCCAAGAAUACUGGCCCAAUUUUGCAUUAUGCUAAUGGGAAAAUGGUAGUAGGAGAUGAGGCAAGCCUUUCAAAUGUCAUACAUGUCCACAGGCUGUGUGUUGAUUGGGCACCGCAGGUGUAUUUUGUUAAUGAAACUGUUAAGAAUCUGAAGGCAGAAGUGGCAAGAGGUUCAAAGAUCAAGUGCAGCAAAUGUGGACGAAAGGGAGCAGCCCUGGGCUGCUAUGAUAAAUCCUGUCGGAAAAGCUAUCAUGUUCCCUGUGCAGUGGAAAUGCCAGAUUGUCGCUGGGAUCAUGAGAACUUUCUCAUGCUCUGUCCUGCUCAUACUUCAAUCAAAUUUCCAAAUGAGAAAUCUCAAUCUGGAAAACAUGUUUUUAAGGAUAAUCUGGUGCCAAAUCAGAGAGUCCCUCCGCAGCCUAUACUUUGGGUAGCUCCUAGGGAUGGAGCCAAAGAAUGGGUUAUAUGUGGAUCUGCUCUAUCUACUGAAGAGAAGGUUCUUGUGCUCAAGUUUGCAAGCAUGUGUGGUGCAACUGUCACCAAGUAUUGGAAACCAAAUGUCACACACGUGAUUGCGGCCACAGAUGCACAGGGUGCAUGUACCAGGACGCUUAAAGUUCUCAUGGCCAUUUUGAAUGGGAGAUGGAUCCUUAAAAUUGGCUGGGUAAAGGCUUGUAUGGAAGCAAUGCACCCCGUGGAUGAAGAACCUUAUGAAAUUGACCUGGACAACCAUGGGAGUUGCAAUGGCCCCAAAAAUGGCAGGCUUAUGGGCUUGGAUAAUGCACCAAAGCUCUUUAAUGGGUUGAAGUUCUAUUUUGUUGGUGAUUUUGUGCCUGGAUACAAGGAAGAUCUGCAAAACUUGGUUACAACUGCAGGAGGUACUGUUUUGAAAAGUAAAGAAGAAGUGGUGACACAAAGAUGUGAUGAUCAGGUAGUUCUGUCAAGGAUACGAGUUGUUUACAACCUUGAUUCCCCACAAGGAUGCAAGGUAGGAGAAGAAGUUGAUAUUCUUUGGAAGAGGUUGACUGAGGCACAGGAUGUGGCGGCUGACAUAGGAUGCCAAGUCAUCGGUCACACUUGGCUUUUGGAAUCAAUUGCUGCAUGCAAGUUGCAGCCUCUUGUCAACUGAGAAAGCAUUUGUGAUCAGAUAUGUUCUUGUUACCAUUAGUUGGGGAUCAUAAUAUGUUUAUCAUGCAUGCUUAAAGCCCUCAUCAUGUAUAUGAUUAAGCCAAGCUAUAAAAUUAGAUAGUCCUGUUUCUUUUUUUCCGCUUAGGAUCAGUUUAUUUGUGUAGGUUGCAGCCUUUCUUUAGCUGAUAAAGCUUUUGUGAUGCAGAUAUUUAAAGUUUCUGCAUUGUAGUUAGCUGCCGAUGUCAUAAUGUUUGUAAUAGAUUCGUUUCCUAUCAUUUCUUUUGAGAAAAAAAAAAAGAUUCUUUUGAUCUGAUUUUAUUUU